UUAAGUCAAAUCAUUAAUGUCAAUUUUUCAAACGUUUAAUCACAAUAAAAGCUAAAUACAAGGCAGCCACACGAAUUUAUUUGAUAUACAAUGGCAUCCGGGUUAGAGUCAUAUAUAAAUUCUGUGGUAUCUAUUAUUACUGCUGAUGGUAGAAAUUUUAUUGGUACACUCAAAGGAUUUGAUCAAACAAUUAACGUCAUACUGGACGAGUCUCAUGAGCGCGUUUUUUCCACCAAUACUGGAAUAGAACAAAUUGUAUUAGGAUUGCAUAUAAUACGUGGGGAUAACAUUGCUGUAAUUGGACAGUUAGAUGAAACUUUAGAUGCACGAUUAGAUCUAAGUAGCAUUCGUGGUGAACCGCUGGGACCAGUAGUUCACUAAUAAUUAUUAAACAAAAAAAAAAAGUGUUAUAUGCAACUUGUGUUAAUUUAAAUAAAAUUAUAUUCAAGUUAAAGAGCAAUAAUUUGGUA